AUGAACGUCCAUCUACCGUCCGUCGCCCAAAACCGUCCGCACAAGUACAUUCUCUACCAGACGAUCGCGAUUGUCGCUGUCAAACUUCUCAACACGCCACUUCCUGUUGUGCUUUGGCUUUCUGGAAUGGAUCCAGUGCACAUAUUGGCAUUCAACUUUUUGCCGGACAUCAUCACCACUCCACUCGUCAUACAAUUCUCGUAUUUGUGUGCGAACAAACGCAACGCCAAGGCCUUUUUCUCCGUAUUUCUCGGCUCACCUUAUCAGAAAUUUAUGCUAUUUAUACGCAAAUCGUUGCGUCAAUCCACUGACAUUCAUACAGCUGUGUAUGAGUCGAGAGCUAACAACGCAUUCUGA